AUGGCAGCUCUCCGCUCUUCCUCUCGAGUCCUUGGAACGGCCACGAAGGCCGCUUUCCGCCCUAUUGUCACGAUCCCUCGCCGUGGCCUUGCCACCCCUACGGAUGCGCCCGCGGUCAAGGAGCCCAAGAUGAAGAAGUUCACCAUCUACCGCUGGAACCCCGACACGCCGACCGAGAAGCCUCGCAUGCAGGAGUACACUUUGGACCUGAACAAGACGGGACCCAUGAUGCUGGACGCUCUGAUCCGCAUUAAGAACGAGAUCGACCCCACUCUUACCUUCCGUAGGAGUUGCAGAGAGGGUAUCUGCGGUAGCUGUGCCAUGAACAUCAACGGACAGAACACUCUGGCUUGCCUUUGCCGUAUUCCUACUGAGAGCGCGUCAGACGUCAAGGUCUACCCUCUGCCUCACACCUACGUCGUCAAGGACCUCGUUCCCGACUUGACGCAGUUCUACAAGCAAUACCGCUCAAUCAAGCCCUACCUGCAGAGAGACACUCCUGCCCCUGAUGGCAAGGAGUACCGCCAGAGCGUCGCCGACCGAAAGAAGCUGUCUGGUCUCUACGAGUGCAUUCUCUGCGCCUGCUGCUCGACUUCCUGCCCCUCGUACUGGUGGAACUCUGAGGAGUACCUCGGACCCGCCAUCCUCCUUCAGUCCUACCGCUGGCUGGCCGACUCCCGUGACGAGCGCAAGGCUGAGCGUAAGGCCGCCCUCGACAACUCCAUGAGCCUGUACCGUUGCCACACGAUUCUCAACUGCACACGUGCCUGCCCCAAGGGUCUCAACCCCGGCAAGGCCAUUGCCGAGAUCAAGAAGGCUAUGGCUUUUUAA